AUGUUGUCAUUAUUGCAGCUGGUGUGUACUUUGGUCGUCCCACCGUUGGUGCAACAGGCUGGCGCAAAUCCCCUCCCUCAGAUUCGACAACAGUAUGCGCCGGAUUCGAUGGGCGCCGUAGCAAGCGAGAGCAGUGUUUGUAGCGAGAUUGGAAUCGACCUGCUCCGGCAGGGUGGAAAUGCUGCAGAUGCGCUCGUCGGCACCGUCUUUUGCACCGGAGUUAUUGGCAUGUAUCACAGCGGCAUUGGUGGUGGAGGUUUCAUGAUUGUCCGUACAUCAAAUGGGAGCUACGAAGUUAUAGAUUUUCGAGAAACAGCCCCUGCGGCUGCCUUUCAAGACAUGUACAACAAUAACACUAAGGCCAGCAUUUUUGGGGGGUUGGCGAGCGGAGUUCCAGGAGAAGUCCGAGGCCUGGCUUACUUGCACCAGAAUUAUGGCAAACUCCCUUGGAAGCAGGUGAUGCAAGGAGCCAUCAGGACUGCGAGAUAUGGCUGGACAGUGAGUGAGGACUUGGUGCGUUAUAUGCAAUCUGGCAUGGCUUCAGCUGCAGUGCCAAUGUUCCUCGUGAAUGACCUAAACUGGGCAAUCGAUUUCGCGCCAAAUGGAACCUUGCUAGGAGCGGGAGACACAAUAACACGGAAGAGGUAUGCCGACACGCUCGAAACCAUCGCCGAGGAAGGACCUGAUGCGUUCUAUAACGGGCCGAUUGCAGAGGCUACAAUUGCAGCGGUGCAAGCGGCCAAUGGAACCAUGACACUCGAAGAUCUGCAUAAUUACACUGUCGCCAUUCGACCAACAGCAAACAUCACCUAUCGAGGCUACCGCCUAUUCAGUUGUAGUGCCCCGAGCUCUGGUGAGGUCGCUCUCUCCGUGCUGAAGACCUUGGAAUUAUAUCCCGAUUUCUUUCAACCAGGGACUGUCAAUCUGAGCACUCACCGAUUAGACGAAGCGAUUAGGUUUGGAUAUGGGGAGAGAACCAAUCUCGGUGACCCGUCGUUUGUGCACAACCUGUCGGUGUAUCAAGAUGAAAUGCUCUCAGACACGUCGGCGCGUUAUAUCCGGAGCAAGAUUUCUGACCUGAGAACCCUGAACGUCUCGGCGUACGAUCCGGCGGGCAUCGAGUCCUUGGAAACACCGGGUACAUCGCACAUUGUUACGGCAGAUGGCUCGGGGAUGGCCGUCUCCUUGACCACGACGAUCAAUUUGUUGUUCGGAUCGCAAGUUCUGGUUCCAGAAACGGGCGUCAUCAUGAACAACGAGAUGAACGACUUCUCCAUCCCCGGAUCAUCGAAUGCCUUUGGAUACCUCCCGAGUCCGGCCAACUAUGUACGACCAGGGAAGAGACCAUUAUCAUCCAUCGCACCCACCAUAGUUGAGUACGAGAACGGAACGCUGUACUAUGUGACUGGUGCUGCAGGAGGAUCGCGGAUCAUCACCGCGACAAUUCAGAGUCUGGUCCAUGUACUUGACCAGAAUAUGACAGCGCCACAAGCACUGGCACAGCCACGUCUCCACGAUCAGCUCAUUCCCAACCAGGUGUCGUUUGAGUACGCGUAUAACAACGAGACAGUGGAGUUCAUGAGAUCGAGAGGCCAUAAUAUUACCUUUAUCGCGCCUGGUCAGAGCUCAGCCCAAAGUAUCCGCCGUUUACCAAAUGGGACGUUUGAGGCGGCAGGCGAACCCCGGCAGAAAAACAGUGCAGGGUUAGCGAUAUAA